GUACAUACAGUAAUCCGCACCUACAUCUGAAUCGCCGUUUAAGGAAGUUGCAAGGCAGGUGGCUACGGCGCUCUUUAACCUACAUUGCUGCGCUCCUAUUUCCAGCGAGACGGGCAACGAAACGAAAUCAGGCCGCCGGCAUCCUCCAUGUAGGUGUUUUUCUAUCCCUAAAUAACUAAUUCUCAACGUCUUAACCACCUGGAACGUAUAGAUCGAGGCCAGCGCAUAUCUACCUACUUCCUUUUCGAUGCUUUGAGGAAGGUGCCAUACAACUCGCCGCCAAAUCCAUACCUACCUUCUGCUGGAGGACUUUCCCCUCUCACCUUGCUGGCGGCUUCCCUCUGUGGAUUCGAAGUCCGACUAGAAAGAACCUCGAAGCGCCAAGGGCAAAUUAAUCUGACCAUGGAGAACCGAACCACACGCGACAAUGCCUUCAAUAUCACCGACUCAACCGAUUGGCUUGGCACCCCUCUGUCGGCUCUUAUGCCUGUUGAACAGGCCUUCCGAUGCCAUGUCUGCAAAGACUUCUACACUUCGCCGAUGAUCACCUCGUGCAAUCACACCUUCUGCUCCUUGUGUAUCCGGAGGUGUCUCUCAUUAGAUGGGAACUGCCCACUCUGUCGAACCAGCGACCAAGAAUCAAAACUGAGGGGCAACUGGGCUUUAAGAGAAGCCGUCGACGCCUUUGUGAAGUCGAGACCGGCCAUUAUGCUGGCGGCGAGGACGCAGCAAGGUCAUGACAACACAGUGCUGGCGUCACCGAAGAGAAAAGCAGGCCAGAUGGAGGGCAUGAAGGAUAUGGAGGAUAUUCAGAACGAGAACGCCACCAACCCGAGCAAGAGGACCCGGAUGUCCACCCGGUCGAGCAAAACAAAGGCUGCAGAGGCCACAGCUGCAAUAAUGCGCGAGGAAGUGGAUGUGCCUGAAAACAAAACAGACUCGAUGAACUAUGGACUAGGUACCGACCUUGCGGCCUGUCCGAUAUGCUGGGCUCGGAUGAAGUCCUGGCAGGUGGAUAAACAUAUCGAUACAUCUUGCCCUGGAUCACCUCAACCAGCAGCAGCAAACGUCAAAGUGCUAAGCAGGGGAGCUUUAGGAGGCCUCGGUUCAGGUGGCUUCAGCGCAGGUCGUGCUGCGGAGCCAUCGGCACCGGCCAAACCCAUGGAGAGACUACCAGUCCUGAACUACUCUAUCCUCAAAGAUCAGGCACUUCGAAAGAGGAUGAGUGACCUGGGCAUAUCUACCUCCGGACCGAGGCCGCUCCUUGAGCGGAGACAUCGGGAAUGGGUCACGAUAUGGAAUGCAAACUGUGACUCUUUCCGGCCAAAGAAACGAUCGGAAAUGCUCCAAGACUUGGAAUUCUGGGAGUGGACCCUAGGAGGUCGUGCCCCCAUGACCCACUCUACACAGCUCGGAGCGCAAAUCAGAGACAAAGACUUUGAUGGUACUGCAUGGGCUACAAAGCAUGAUACUUCCUUCAAGGAUCUCAUUGCUAAUGCACGGCGGACAAGGAAUGAGGCUGUCACAAGGAACGAGGCUGGCCAACGGCCAGAGGAGGACACCCAGUCAAACAGGGCGUCAGGAGAGAGGUCAGGAAUGGCUUCGGCUCCACAGGAGGAAGGGGAUGAGAUGCCUCCGGCUGGGACAAACACCAUCAUAGACCUGACCGGAGACCCAUCACAUCCUGCAGAGUUGCCAUACCCAACCACGAUUGACGGGGUAAUCCAUGAGCAGGAUGCAGUGACCCAAACUGCCGGCUCUGCUAACCCAGAACCUUCAGGGUCGUUUAUAUAGGGUCACAGACAUUACCUGCGGAGCAGGAAUCUUGGGCAGCAAGGGUGGAAAACGCCGAGGGAGGUUUAUCAUGACAUGGAACCGUCCAACAUGGAAGGAAACAUGAAUCUUACUGUUAAUACCCCAUGAUCAAUUGAGCAACGCCAGAUGAUGAACUAACAUCCCUUGUGACUGUGGACUCUGCCGAGACCAACAAAACACCUAGAACUCCCAACAUGUUAAUUAUACUUGGUAAAUCGGAACGCCAG